UUUUCAUCAUGUAGAGGCAGCCAGACCGACGAGCGAAGUCAGAUUCAGCUUCAAACUUAGAAACCGCAUGUAGCCUGCGCUGCCUGGACUGGAAACUCCGGCUUCGGAUUUCUCUACAGAAAUAAACAAAUAACACGCAGGAGCAGAAAAAUGGCAGCAGCACACAUCCUCUUCGUCACUUUGUGGAUCACCACAGUCUUCACUACAAGUCUGAGUUGCCCUGAGUUCUGCAUCUGCUCAGACAAACAUGGCCGUCACGUUGCAGAAUGCUCCUACAAAAACUUGGUUCAAGUCCCAGAGGAUUUUCCUCUCAAUGUUACAACUCUUAGUCUUUCUGCUAAUAAAAUCCGUGUAAUACCAGUGGGGACAUUUGAUAAUCUCACCAGGUUGACGUCCUUGUGGAUGUCACAUAAUGAGAUUGUGUCCAUUGAACAAGGGACCCUUGUGCCUUUGGUUAAUCUGCACAACUUAGACAUCAGCUACAAUAAAAUAGUGGACUUUCCUUGGGAGGAUCUACAGAACCUCACAGGUCUAGAUAUGCUGAAGAUGAACCACAAUCAGAUGGUCAGCCUGCCGAGGGAUGCCUUUUCCAACCUCAAAGACCUGAAGUCUCUCCGGCUCAACAAUAACAGAUUUGUGACCAUAGCUGAAGGGAUGUUUGAUGGUUUGCUAUCUUUGUCACAUUUGCAGAUUUAUGACAAUCCGUUUGAUUGCACCUGCUUCCUGGACUGGUUAAGAGUUUGGAUUUCAACAACCACCGUCUCAGUCACCGAGCAGAGUUCUAUCACUUGCGCAACUCCCAAGAAACUUAAAGGAAAAGAGAUCUGGAAACUGCCUGAGUCAAAGUGUUCAAGCCCAAAUGUCACAGUAUGGACUGAGCCAGAUAUUCCUAAUGCACAAUUCUAUGAGGGCAGUAAAUUGGUCUUGACUUGUGAAUUCGAAGGAAACCCAGAGCCACUGGUCCAGUGGAGCAUUCACAGUAAAAGACGAAAACGAGAGCUAAUUUUGUUCUUCGCUGAGGAGGGCUCUGCAGAAUCUAAUGAGGACUCCUCAAUGUCCCACAAUUCAGUCAAAGUCUUUAAUAAUGGCACACUUCUCAUUUCAAACCUCAGAAAGGAAGAUGGCGGAAACUACAGCUGCUCUGCCACAAAUGAGCUCGGAAGAGUGGAGGACUCAGUCGUAGUCGAGGUGGUGGCAUUGUCUACACCAACACCCAAAAAACAAAUGACCACAAUACCCACUUACACUAAAACAAACCCAUCUACACACCAAACAACUAAAAAAGCAUUUGUUUUUGAUUCUUUGAAUGUCCCUGAUUUAAAGAGCAUCAUACCCACUUACCCUCCACCUGCAGACAUCAUUUCCAGGUCUUAUGAGGAGUCUACAAAAUAUCCGCUUCAAUCCAGCAAAUGUAGCUUGACAGCUAAUACAAGAUAUAUUCCGAACCCCGUCUUUAACGGGAGCCUGAAUGACAUGAAAUACACGUUUGACUUUGGUGUGAUUGCAUUAGGAGUGUCAGAAACAGAGGCCACAGUGCGACUCAAUCCUCUUCUCAUCCCCAGAGGAAAGCGCAACCAGGUGGCUGCCGCCACCUCUGACAGCGUCCUCACUGAUAGCAAAGAGCACCAAGGCCCCCCAGACAUCUCAGAAAAACUCCACUCAAAUGGCUUGUAUUUGUGCAUCACUGCGGACCUAAAACAUUCAGCUGUGCAGUGGUCGAAGAUCAGGGAUGGCGUCAACUCAUAUCAGUUCAGUGGUUUACGACCCGGCACCAACUAUUCCCUCUGUCUGACCUACAGAGGGGAGGACUGCGAGAUCCAUGUGCUGUUCACCACCAGAAGGAAGGUGCCAAACCUUCUCAUCAUCAUCUCAGUCAGCAUCUGCCUCCUGACUGUGUCCACUGUGCCUCUGCUCGGGGCUACAUGCUUCCACCUGGUGUACAAAUACCGCAGCAAGACCUACAAGCUGAUCCUGAAGGCCAAAGACCAGUACCACACGGAGAGGAACCUCACCACCAACUUUAACCUCUACACACCUCACACCGAGUCUCAGAAAAGGAUUAACAGCAGCCAGCUGGACGAGGAGGAAGGUGAGACGGAGAGUGGCGAUGGGGAGAAAGAGGCCGAUACAGAGGAAAGUGUGGUGACUGACUCAUUUACUUUAUCUCAAUGCAGGACGAAUUUAGACGACUAUGAGGUGGGAUCUGAGUAUAGCGAUAGGUUGCCUCUGGGAGCUGAGGCAGUGAAUAUUACAAGUAACUACAAAUAUCCAAAUCAGUAAUUGGUGACUGUUUAUGAUAUAAUUUCCUUUCUUAACAGCCCUGCCUCCUCAAAAUUAUGAUACAUACAACUAAAUUGUAUCCUCAAGCAUCGUUGUAUUUGCUUCACAAAUACAAAGUGUAAUUAACAUAUCAUUUAUAUUCUUGCUUUCCCUCUGCUGCUCCUUUUCUGGCCAUUAUUCAUGUAUUAGAUGGAUGAGACUCAUCUCCAUGUAAUUUAGCCCAAACCUUUAAUCUGCACCUAAACCUUAGCAAAUGGUUUUUCUAAGUAAAAACAACACAGUGAAGUCAGUGAUAAUAAAAAAAUGAAGUUUAAAAAAAAGGCUUCCACAGUGGAGCUGAACCAGUUUAUCCUGGUUGAAAGUAUUGUGGAUAAUAAUGCAGUUUAGAUGUAUGAAUUCCAUUAUAUAGAAUCCAGGAUUGUUUGUCAUUUGGUUAUAAACAGAUUUGUUGUUUUAUUUAUUUGUGCCAUCACUUACGGUUCUCUUCCGUUUUAUAGAAAUAUGACUUUACUGAAACAACCGUCCAUGCUGCAGCAUUCAGUGAAUGAAUGGUCAGCAAGUUGCCAGGCAACUUUUGAUUGCCGGUGGAUGUUUUCCAGACAAACACAAUUAGGACACAAAUAGGAAGCAAAUAGGACAACAAGAAGCGCGUGUUCCAGAAAGACAAGCUGGAUGCUGAACCUAAAAAUAAAAUUCAGUCAUUGAAGCAGAUCAAGGUGUCCCUAUCAAAGCAGUAAUUGUCUGUGCAACUUAAUAUUUGUUAAAAGAUAGUUUUAAAUUUAGUUCAAAAUUUGAGCUGGGAAAUGAGCAUAUUUCCCUACUUAGUGAGAACAUCAACAUCAAUCAGCGGGCACACUAUUACCUGCUCUCUUCACACAUGGGCAUGACCAGACACUGUGUAGACUUCCUACUAGCUUGUCUGUAUGGUAAAGCCUAUGUAAUGCAGUCUCAAUGAUUUGGGAAUUCUCAAAUUCAGCACUGCCGUAUUAUGUCUGGUGAAGUUCAGGGCUGCAGUGAGCUUAUGAAAGCUGCUUUAAUAAUUUGGUGGGCUUACUAAAAAGGGUACAAGCAUACACGCGCCUUCACCACAUCUGCAGAAUUCCUGACUUUUCAAAUGUGCUGGAUCUGGAUCAGCACCAAAAUACACAUAGCGAUAGAUAAUCAUGGGUAGCAUCCAUCCAUGCCUGUCGCAGGGCCAACACAGAGAGACAGACAACCAUCCAAGGUGGAAUCAAACCCUGGCCUUCUAGAUGUUAUUCUAACUGUGAGGCAGCAGUGCUAACCACCGCGCCACCGUGCUGCCCAUGGGUAGCAUGUACUUCUUAUUAAAAUCUAUUUCUGUACCAGUGAUUUUAAGAAAGAAAGGGGACAAAGUGCUGACCUGACCAAUUUUCAGUAUCUUUGUAUUCCAUUAAACGCUGUUCGAGAUAUCUCACUUGAUGAACAGAAAAACAGAAAGUUAAAAGUUAAGAGAUCACAGCAUAAUCACAAUAGCAACAAAGACAAUCCAUCAACGUUAACAUGAAGGUUUAUUAUUAUUUCACACAUCUUCUAUGGAGAGUAACAGUAAUCUAUGAGCAAUUUGCACACAGUGAAGAACCAGCACUCAGUCCUUUAGAUGCCUUUUCAGACCAAUCAUUACAUUAGUGCUGUUCCAUUAUAUUCAUGGUUUCAUGAGUGCAGGUGUGAUGAGAAAUGGAAGUUUAUGGCAAGAAAUAUUUAACCUUAGUAACCAAAAUAUUUCCUUCAGUUUUUAUUCUUCCGAGCCCCAUCGUUAGACCUGUUUUAAAUAAGAGCAGGCAGGUCAAAGGAAGAGGCGCGCACACAACAAAAUGCUGAUUUCUGCAUUCUGGUGUCAGGAUGAGUACAGCAGUCGCAAUCAAGGUUGGAUCAGAAAAAAAAAACUGAUGCAUUGAUGUGUCACUUAUGAAUCGCAGUGCAUAGUGAUGUGCAUAGUGCAGGCAGUAGUAACAAAUAUACCAAUAUUCUGCUUUAAAGUAAAUGUGUGUGGUUUUUAUUAGGAGUGUCGUGGCUUAAAAUUGAAAUUUAAAAUCACAUAAUGGAGUUUAAAUGUUAAUCAAAACUGUUGUUUAAAAAAAAAAACAGAUAAAACUUUGUGUGCUGCAGCUAUGAGCUCUUUGUUCAGUUAUACUGUGAACAUUUCCAAUUACGAUAACUGUGUUGAGUCUAAAUAAGUGGCUGUUUUAAAUAGAAUAUCAUGAUAACAUGUGGACAAUCAUAGUUUGAAUCAAAUCUACCCCAACAGCACUUAUGCGUGUGUAUAUGGGGUUAUUUCUAUAUUGUAUCUGGGUCAUGUGUCCUGCUGUUUUUCCCAGAGCACUGUGUUACAGAGGACCUGCAUGCUGCCUGUUGUGGAGUCGCAGUAUGUUGUGUGGCUCAAAUAACUUUGGAUCAGUAUUUCUUGUUGUCUAUUUUCUGUUUUAUA